CGGUACCCCUUUUGAAGAAACUGAGCCGUUAUUUAUCUUCUCAUUUACGAGGGGGAAUUCGUCUGCCCGAUAGAGUUGACAGAAAAAUAUUAGAAAAUGAUGGGGAAUAUUUCGAAGAUUGACAUAAUUAUUAUUUUUUUCUAAAUGAAGUCUCAAUUUCUUCAAAAAGAGCGGAUAAACUUCCGAAAACCCCCCACGCCAUUAUACAUUAAUUUUUAUUUGAACAUUUUGUCUUUAUUUUUCUCGUCUCGGUAAAAAUUAAUUUCAGGAUAUUUAUUUUGAGUCAGUUAGAACAUUUUCGAAAGUUCAGCUUAAAUUCCUAGAAUUUUAAGGCCCAUAAGCAGACAGCCCUGAAUUGGUUUUUUGUGUUGUACUUCAUGCCGUACAGAGUGAACCAUGUGAACUGAUGUGAACGUUACGGCCAGUUAUGGCGGAUCGCAACAUGCAAGUAAGGAGAGAUAAUCGGACGACAACAAAUUAAAUAAACAUCGCAUUUAUAUUUCGAUCAGUUAUAUUCACGAAUUUCUCAAGAUAUCUGAUAUAGGUAGAUUGGUGAAUCAGGAGACACGUGUUGCUCCGAAACGCGCAAAUACGUGUCGCUCCGAAACGGUAUAUACGGUAUAUAAAGUGUGACUUGUUCGCAAUGAUGCCAUCGCUUCCGCCGUUUAUUUAUUCCAUGCCAAACGAAAAAAACGCGAAGGCAGCAAUAGAAAACUACGUGCAAAUCUUGCAACAGGCAUUCGAACAUUAUCGGAAUUUGUGGGAUGAUUAUCUAAAGCUACAAAAGAAAUAUGAACAGAGUAAUAUGCAUUCUCCUCCAUCUCAAGUGAAAGCUGACGAAUCUUGCGUGAAGACAAAAGAAUCAACACCGCAGAGAGACGUUAAUGGCUGCCCUUUUGUGCGAGAAAGUGAUAGUGUAUCAUUGUUGGAUCUGAAAACGGUAAAUACCAGUUAUCCCGUUAAUUCUGAUACAUGGGCCAGCCUGUCAAGCGCAAAAUAUCAGCUCGGAGACAAGGACAAUAAUGUGCCGAAGAGUCCGGUAUUUUCCAGAUCACGGUUGAGGAUUAACAGUACUUCUGCAAAGAACUCUCCGCAGUUGUCUAAAGAGGAACGUAAUAAAGCGAUGUCAGAUACGAAAACGCGCUGCAACAUGGAAGCAUUAUUUUCGAAAUGUGACAAAAAAUUAGACAUCAGCACGGCGCACCAUGUAGAAACUACGUUUCUUCCAGACGGCAAGAGAUUGACGCAAUCGCGACUCGUAUUUCCCGUUAAACAUGAACGCAAAGUAUCAUCAUCAAACGUAAAGUCAGUCGAUACAUCGUUAAGAGCAAAGCAGGAUCCAGCGAAGGAGAAUCUCUCUACAGCGAAAGUAUCUGUUACUCCGGAAAGUGAUCUUUUGAACAUCGAUGACACUUGGGAGGACGUGAUAGAAAUUAGUCCCACGCAGAGAAACGUUAAAUCGAAAAUUAAGCAUCGCUUAGCACUCAAAAGAAGAACUCCGGUGAAGCAAAUGAAAAAAAAGUCUCCAGAUAAAAGCAGAUGUCAUGAUGCCGCACUGAUAAUAAUAAAAGACGAGGAUUUUGAAUUACCAUUUGAAGAUAUUCCUGCAGAAACGAAGAAUGAUGGAUCUGUGACUACUAUGACUAAUGCACUAAAGACUAAAGUCGACGUAAGCAAUUCCUCACCGGUAAAAAUGUUUAACAGAACGGAUGUGCAGAUUACAAAGUCUACAGAAGCUCAAAAGAAAAAACCACCAGACUUGAUAAAUAAAGCAUCAAAUACUAUGCUAAAUUUGAAUGAUCCUGUAUAUGAAGAUGAGACAUUCUACCUGCCUGCAGAACAAGCUGCAAACAAAAGCAAUGCAAGCGACUUCAGACUUUUGAAUGACACGGAGAAUCAGCCACCUGCAAAGAAGAUACUGCUGGAUAAGUUUAAUGUACCACCAAAACGCAAAGAUGUUCCCCAGCAGCUUAAUAUGCGCUGCAAAGCUGACAGAGCAAAGCUAGAUGGUUGGGAUUGCUGGGAAUGCAAACAAAUGUUUCUGAUCUGUCAGUAUUACGAGAACUUGACGUUGUCGAAGGAAGAACUGCAGAAACGGAAGAAUCAAUGCUCGCGACACCGACAGAAAUAUGAGGAGCCAAUGACACCAGAAGGUUUUUGGGAUGUGGGUUUUCCUGAUACACCGUCCAGUACAUAUCGAUAAAAGCUGAAAUGCAUCAACGAUAAAUUAAAUAGAAAUAAAAUAGAAUGCAUAAUAUUCUAUUUAACAUAGAGUUAUAUGUAUUGUUGAUUUGUAAAUAGAUGCAUUUUGGCACUAUUUAUUAAUAAAGUUUGAUGGGAGUAAACAUUAAACAUGCACGAUGCUUACUAUGUGACGUUACAGUGGAUAAGAGAGAGUGUACACGCGUUCAUGGCUUGAACAUAGAUUUAUUAUUUUACAACAUGUAUAUAGUAUUAUAUUUUUGGAUAACAUAGUAUAGAUUUAUAUAUAACUAUAUAAUUUUUAAUUUUUUUUUUAAUACGUAGAUUCAUUCCUUUACAUAAAAAUAUAGAAUCUGUUCUGUGAAUCGGUGCUAAAGAGGGCUAAUCAAACUUAGUUGCGGUGAUCAAGCAAAGUUUGACACAGUUUCAAGGUACAUCAGUGUCCCCCUUCCCCUCCGACCACCUCCUUCUAAAAUUCCCGUGAAAAUAAUGUUAAAGUCACGCAAUCAAUUAUAGGCUCAUGAAACAGUAAUUUUGAAUCGUAUCACUGACUUGAUAACAUACUUAAACUGAAAUUUAUCUUUUUCUUAAUUUUCUGACGUAUAUUUCUUGACAAAUUAAAUAAAUAUUACAGAUGUGUGUGUGUGUGUAUAUAAAUACAUUUUUAGAAAGCAAUAUACCUGGUGACAAGAGUUUACACACAGUAAUAAGAGCUUAAUCGCUAAAUAAUAAUAAUAAUAAAUCCUAACGUAACACAUCUGCAUGUAUAAUUACGUAUACGAUUUGCACCAUUUAACAUCGUUUAUCAAGCUACAUUUUUUAGCGAAACAUUCGCACACAUACGAUACUUUAGAACAUCAAGUUUCGUAUUAUCAAUUCGUUUAUAAUAAGUAUCCGAAAAAUGAAAUCUUGCUCAACGAUCGGCCAGAUUAUCCCGUAGUGCAAGUAUACGCAUUUUUCGUGAGUUGGUACAAUAUAGUUUGGCUGUCCGAUCGAUCACUCGCACCUUCAUACGUAUAUUUAAAUACGUUCUCUUUGAUAACUCUACAGUAAUAAAAGCGUAUACUUGAUACUUUCAUAAUAAAAUGGUUUAUCUUGUCUACGAAAGAAAUAUAUAAAA